GUCUUUGCGCUAGGCUGGCUCGGUCGAAGAUCGUCAUCAAGUUGGAGCCAAGCAGAGCCAAGUGGAGCCGAGCCAAGGUGUACACUUGUACAUGAAGAAAUAAGCAACGUGUGAUUCAUCUCAACUCGUUCCCACGAACCACGUCUGUGAUUUUUUUUUUAUUGUUGUGCUUAGUUAAAAACGUUUCAUAAAUAUUUGCUAACUGAUGAGUAUUAAUUUCAGUUGAUAAUUGUAUUAAAUAUUUCAAUGCAAAGUAUUGAAUUUUUAAGUCGAGUGAAUUAAAAUUUCAGAAGUAUUAUAAGUAUAUUUACCUUGAAAAUAUAAGGUAGAAAGGAUAUUGUGAUAUUAAAAACAUAAACAACAAAUAGAAAUAUGUCAAAGAGGGAACAGUAUGGCGACGUGUAUUUACUGUGAUGAAUGGCAGACGACGAGUUUGACCUGAGACUAAACUUUGUAAAGAAGAUUUGAAGUCAUAAAACUAAGCUUUUAAAAACGUACAUUACGUUGAUGAUAGCUAUAGAAUGGUAAGCUCUCAUUUUUCUACGGAACCGUAUUCAGUCAGUGCUUACGAGAGGAGUGAAGAAAACGUUAGCAGUGGCACUGAGACACAAUCUACGACAGCAAUAGCUUCGAAUAGUGUGGUCUCCUCUUCUGGAGACGCUAAAGAUAAUGCAGAAGUUGAGUCAACUUCUGCAAUUCAUCAACCAACUCCAGUGGUUUCAAAUAAUAAUACACCCCUAGAAUGUAGAAGCCAAAGUGGUCCUCCAUCAUUUUCAAUAUCCUUCGAUGAUUCAGAAUUGAGGAAUUCAUCGAAAAUUCGACCUGCCAAUUUGGCCCCCGAAAAUUCCAAUAAUUUGCACUUAGCUACAGAAUACGAAGAAGAAAGUUACGAAGGAUUUGGAUACGGAAGAGUGGAUACCGAUCUCGGUGAUGGUGAAGUAGAGUCACCGAGAGACGGCAGCAGUUCGGCACCAUCGCCAACAACUGGAUUAAACUCUCUUGGAAAAACUAAUACAGCCAGUCCUUGUUCUACACUUGGUAGACACACGUGGUUACGAACGUCCUUGAGACGAACUCCACCGGGCAGUACAAGACCAACUAGACAGCUUGGAUCCAAUGCUCUAGCGAGUCAAUUGUAUCGAAGUGGGAGUUUUAAUAGCUCUGGAAGAGGUUCCACUUGUGACGCUACUGACGAUAUGUACAGUGACAUCUCCCUGGAGGAUGAUGUCAUAGAUUUGAAUAACAGAGUAAGACUAAUUCAAGAACGAAUGGACGCACUCGUGGACACUCAAUCAGUUAGUGGUGAACGUUACGCUCGAGUAAAACAAGAAAAUGCAACACUUCAAGCUAGGAUACUUAUGCUUGAAGAAGCAGUAAAAGAUGCGGAAGCAAGAGCUGAAGAAAAACUACAGGCUGAACAACGAAGGCAUAGAGAAUUAAUAAGUCGUAUGGAAAGAGAAAAACAAUUACAAUUAGAGAAUUCUGCUAUUAAAAUGCAAACCAUUGAAAUUGAGUGUUCAAGUUUAAGAGAACAAAUAGCCCGAAUAAAGGAACAGCUGGACACGGUGAAAGAGGAGCGAACACGUUUAGAAAACGCGUUAGAAGAAGCUCAUUGUGAAACAUCUAAAGCACGUGAAGCAGAACGACAAGCCAUGUUACGUGCUAAUGAAACACGUGUUCUUUUUGAAGCUGCUAAAGAAGAAUUAACAGCUCGGACGCGAGACCGUCAGAGAAUUGAAGACCUUUUACUUGAAGUUGCACGGCUUGGUGCAAAAAAUAAAAGUUUACAAGAAUCACAAGAUGAAUUACAAGCAGCAAUUGCAGUCCACGCUGGUCGCGAACUACUUUUCUUGAAUUCUAAUAAUGAAUAUGAAAAGAAUCCUCGUAGCCUUGCUGCUGAAUUGUCUGCUGAUGGAAACUCUGAUCAACUAGAUGGUAGAGGGAAGGCUGACUCAGUCAACCAAAAACCACGCACAAUGGCUGAGAUGUCUCAAGCACUUAAAGAACAGCAAGAAGUUAAUGCACAACUUCGAUCAUACAUUGAUGGUAUACUUCUUAAUAUUGUUGAAAAUUAUCCACAAUUAUUGGAGGUGAAACAACCCCAUUGACGUCUUGAUUUUUCAUAUUAUUUAUAAUUAACUUCACUUCUAUCGUCAUUUAGACAUAAAAGUAAAAUGAUAGAUUUUUAA